UCGGGAGGUGCGGGGGGCCGGGGAGCCGCGCGCACACGUCGCUCCGGGGACAGGCGUUUAACUCUUGCCAAGUCUUGCCGCCGCCGCGGCUCGCGGGCUCUGGGCUUCCCCUGAAGCAUGAGCCUCCUCGCCCGCCGCCACUGGCGCAGCGCGGGCCGCGGACAGUGCGCACCCGGGCUCCGGGCGCCGCGCCUCAGGAGCCUCUGUGCCCGCAGUCGAGACGCCGGAGGAGCUGGGGCCCGGGCUGGCGGCAGGCACACUGUGGGUGACCGCGCCUGCGGGGGACUUUGCCAUCUGUCCACCAGGGCCUGGGGAGGAAGAACCAGCAGCUCCCCACCCCCUCCCCCUCCACCACCAUUUUGGAUACUCCGCAGGGACGUGUUUUGGGGUUCCCACUGACUUCCAGGAAGGACUCGUGCCCUCCUCUGACCCCUGCUCGGGCGGCCACCUGUGUUCGCUGUGGUGACCCUUUGCUCAUGACCCUGCGGUGCGUCGAGCCCUCCGGGAAUGGCGCGGAAGGGACGCGGGGCCAGUGGGGGACCGCGGGGUCCGCGGAGGAGCCGUCCCCGGAGGCGGCGCGUCUGGCGAAGGCCUUGCGGGAGCUCAGCCACACAGGUUGGUACUGGGGAAGUAUGACUGUUAAUGAAGCCAAAGAGAAAUUAAAAGAGGCACCAGAAGGAACUUUCUUGAUUAGAGAUAGUUCGCAUUCAGACUACCUACUAACAAUAUCUGUUAAAACAUCAGCUGGACCAACUAAUCUUCGAAUCGAAUAUCAAGAUGGGAAAUUCAGAUUGGACUCUAUCAUAUGUGUCAAGUCCAAGCUUAAACAGUUUGACAGUGUGGUUCAUCUGAUCGACUACUAUGUUCAGAUGUGCAAGGAUAAGCGGACGGGCCCCGAAGCCCCCCGGAACGGCACGGUUCACCUUUAUCUGACCAAACCGCUCUACACGUCAGCACCGCCUCUGCAGCAUCUCUGCAGACUCACCAUUAACAAAUGCACCGGUGCCAUCUGGGGACUGCCUUUGCCAACAAGACUAAAAGAUUACUUGGAAGAAUAUAAAUUCCAGGUAUAAGUGUUUCUCUUUUUCUAAACAUGCCUCAUGUAGAGUAUCUCCGAAUGCAGCUAUGUAAAAGAGAACCAAAACCUGAGUGACUGCUCUGGAUAACUACACGGAAUUCUAAGAACAGCUGAAUCAAUCUAACCUACAUGUGUGACUAGGUAGCUAGGUCAAGUCCCCUCAGAUAUGUUCACCUGAGAAAUGCUUCCCUUCCUCAGGCUAAGACCAGCUGAUCCUUUUAAGUUAAAAGUUAAAUGUCCCAAGUAAAGGCCGAAGUAUUUUGAUCAGAGGUUCCUUUCUCUUUGGUUGAAGGUCCAAGCACCAGUGGUAGAGAAAGGGAUAAAGGACUCCACAGAGGAGAACUGAAGAAGAAGGGGAAGGAACCUGACAGGCUUAGCUUCCAUUUUAUAAUCCUGGUGAUCCGAGUCUAUUUUGGAUAUGUUAUAGUUCGCAUUCUAAUGUUCCUAGGGGUUUUGUUGAUCGGAUAUGCUUGUGAGUAUUUAUCCUUCAUUUUAUGCAAUUAACCAAGUCAACCAAAAAAAAAAAAAAAAAGACCAUGAAAUCCUGUAUUUGUCUUUUUACUACAUGUAUGAACUCUUUCAUGUGAAUGAGUACUGUAGUAAUCUAUUUUAAGAGAGCCUUACUUCAGAAAUAUUUCAAACUGGUGCAAACGGAAAAGACUUCGUCUUUUCCAUUAAGGCUAAAGACAAGAAUGUCAUGCUAUACAGGUGCAACCCAAUCCCGGUUAAUAAAACCAUGUAGAUAGAGACAUUUUACCCUUGGAAAUAGCUGUGUCCCGACCUGUUGCCAUGGGUUUUUUUUGGAAAUGGCUUUAGAAAUUUCCAAGUUGUCCUUGAAUUGUCUGACUAUGGACAUCAGCAGUUGUCUCCCUUCUACCAUGUAGAAAACUUGGGACUUAAUUUUCUUCCAGAUACAAGGGGAUACCUGCCUGUUUUUCAAAGUGUUUAUUUACUGCUGUUACUAUUUGAUUAGAAUGUAUUAAAUAAAAACCCUGACUUUUACAAGUUGCGCUUAUAUUACUUUGAAUCGUA